AUGAAGCAGGCUAUUCCGUUGGUGUUUAUGGAAACCAAGCACCGUCUAUGUAUAUGGCACAUCAUGAAGAAAGUGCCUUCUAAGGUCAGUGUCGCCCUAAAUCAAGAUCCUGUGUUCAGUAAAGUUAUUAACAAGCUCGUAUGGAACAUACAUAUUGGCCCAUCUGAAUUUGAGCCCAAGUGGCAAAAGAUGGUCGCGCAAUACAAUUUAGGUGGUGAUCCGUGGUUUGCAGAAAUGUAUGACAUCCGCGCAUCAUGGAUUCCGGCGUAUUAUAAGGACACACCGAUGUCUGGUCUUAUGAAAACAACAUCAAGAUCCGAGAGUUCGAAUUCGUAUAUUAACAUAUACAAAUCAUAUUGGUAUGAUUUGGUUCAGUUCCUUAAUAAUUAUGACAUUGCUAUAGAGAAACAAAGAUACAGACAAGCUAUGCAUGAAACAAUAACGAGGACAACUUAUCCAAAAUUGUUUACUCCGUUGCGUUUAGAAAGUCACGCAUCGAGUAUAUACAGUCGCAAUGUCUUCUUUGACAUCCAAAAGGAAAUAAAUAAGGCMGUAUGGUUCUGUGGUAUAGAGACGAUUGAAUGUCGGGGUGAUCUCAAGACGUUUAUCAUAAGCYAYAAGAACAAGAAAUCAUCUGUCAGCWCCACGUAUCGGGUGUUCCGUAAUUACUCAGUCAACACGGUCGAAUGCGAGUGCAAUCUAUUCACGCGUAACGGGUAUCUGUGUCGUCAUUYAUUUAAGGUUCUAAUAAACGAURAAGUUGACAAUAUUCCGAACCAAUACRUUUUACGUCGAUGGAAACAAAAAUUAGUUYCUGUCCAGUUACAAUCCGCYAGAGUUCGAUACGGUGAGGUGGAUGCGGAGAAGGAUAAKUACAUAAUUGAUGUAUAUUCCAAAGUYGACGACAUAAUAARCAUCGCCCGGAAUGAUAAAUCCCUAUUKUCUAGGUUGGAGCAGACGCUCGACAAAUUYAUGGUUGAUAUCGAAAAACAAGUACCAUAUGAAGACCCAUCGCAACGAAAGCUGGAUGCKAUCAGAGAUCAUCUUGGUGUUUCCAUACCGGACGACGUGGACAUUCUACCACCAUCUGGAAUAAGGAACAAGGGUUGUGGUACUGGUAAUAGGUUGGUAAGUAUGUCUGAGAAAAUACAGUCUGCAAGCAAAAAACCACGGCGAAAAUGUGCGAACUGUGGCCAACGUACCGGACAUGACUCACGCAAUUGCCCCGAAUUGAAAGAGUAG